AUGGCCAUUUCACCGAUUCGAAGCACUGUGACAUCGACAUAUUCCGGUUCUACUGUUUCACUCCCAAUCGCCCGCCAACAGUCUAACAAUACUGAUGGCAUGGGCGGGGUAGCCAUUAAGAAGGAAGGUUGGGCGUCUGUCAAAGAAAGCAGGAAUUUCAUCCAGCCCUGGAAGCAAAAAUACCUGAUCCUGCGCAAAGAAUCACUGGAUUUCCACAAAGCAGAGGGCGGCAAAGUAUCAUACACUUUAUAUUUGAAAGAUGUUGUCAACGUGGGCCGUGUCGAGUCUGCUGGCACCAUCUUCGAGAUUAAGCGAAAGCCCGACGGUGCCUCCAACAGCCCCGGCGACGACGAUGGCACAACCAAGACCCUGCAAAUCAAGGUGAAGGGAGACGAUGAUUUAUAUGAAUGGAUCGACUUCAUUUAUGGUGCCUGCCCUGGUAUGGGUGGAGUGGGCGUUCCGACCAACUUCUCCCAUGCUGUUCACGUUGGCUUUGAUGCAUCCACAGGAGAGUUUACUGGUUUACCCCCCGAGUGGUCGCGACUUCUGAACUCCUCCGCUAUUACCAAGGAGGAUUACGAGCGGAACCCGCAGGCCGUGUUCGAAGUCCUUGACUUCUAUACUGACCACCUUACCAAGAAGGACAACCCCAACCAAUACCCCAGCUUGACGCCGACCGCCAACAAGCAGUACGGCUAUGGAGGAAGCUCGGUGGCACCUCCGCGACCUGCUCCCCCUCCCAGUUCCCAGCGCCCGGCAUACAACCCCGCACCAUCCUCCUCCUCCUCGUCAGCCAAUUCUCAGUGGCGACAGCAACAAGAUCCAUACCAGCAGCGCCAAAACGCGCAGCCUGCCUACUCUUCACAGGAUGCUCUUCGCGAGGAGCAGCGUAAGAAGCAGCUCGAGGCUCAGAAGCUUAGGGAGGCCGAGGAGAGGGAACGCCGGGAACUCGAAGCAUACAAUGCCUCCCUUCCUAAGACGAAGGUGCCAAUGGCAAAGCAAGAGAUUGGCGGAGGCGGGGGCUACUCAACAGGAUCGGGCUCUUCAUCCCAACCAGAUCGAUUUAACCCUGCUAGGGCCGCCCCAGCAGCACCAAAAACCAACAACCAGCAGCCCAGCCCUCUCCGCGCCCAACGGCAAGCUCCUGCGCCACCCUCAUCAGCAAACAAUGCCCAGCCUCGUCUGCAGGUGUCAACCCAAGGAACCUCUCACGCUCGCGAGCCAUCACCACGCUUACAGCGAACUGACACACCUCCCCAAGCAUCACCAAGCACGGCCCGCCAUCCAAAUGGAGGACCUCAAUACAAGACGCACCAACAGCCACAAUCGCCUGCCCAGGCUACCCGUUUACCUGCUGCCCCUAAGCCCCUUAACGUGGCACCUAAGCAGCAGCAACCCAAGCAACAUCACCAGCAUCCUGCAGAGGGCGUCAAGGCUGCCGAAGCGGCCCUUACCGCCAAGCCUCCCCCAAGAUGUUCGCAUGUCUACGAUGUCUGA